AUGAACCUCACGCGGCCGCAGGUCUGCUGCGCCUUCGAGUCCCCGGUGCUGGACCGGGUCCUGCCCCCGGUGCUGGUCCUGGAGUUCGUCUUCGGGCUGAUGGGGAACGCGCUGGCUCUGUGGAUGUUCGUCUUCCACAUGGACGCGUGGAAACCCAACGCGGUGUACCUGACCCACCUGGCCGUGGCCGACUCGGUGGUGCUCUUCUGCCUGCCCUUCCGGGCGGACUACUACCGGCGGGGGAAGGACUGGCUCUUCGGGGACGCCCUCUGCCGCAUCCUGCUCUUCCUCCUGGCCGCCAACCGGGCGGCGGGGAUCUUCUUCCUCACGGCGGUGGCCGUGGACCGCUACUUCAAGAUCGUCCACCCGCUGAACCGGAUCAACCGCAUGGGCCUGGGCUACGCGCUGUGGGUCUCCCUGGGCCUCUGGUUCCUGAUCCUCCUGGCCACCGGGUACCUCCUGACGGACCAGCACUUCUUCCGCAACGGCAACCGGACCCAGUGCGAGAGCUUCAACAUCUGCAUGGGCUUCAGCCCGCUCUCCACCUGGCACAACGCCUUCUACGUCAUCCAGUUCUGCCUGCCCGGCGCCAUCGUGGCCUUCUGCACCGCCCGGAUCGCCUGGCAGCUGAGGGUCCGCACCGUGGACAAGAAGGGCAAGAUCAAGCGCGCCGUGCAGUUCGUGCUGGCCGUGGCGCUCAUCUUCAUCACCUGCUUCUUCCCCAGCACCGUGUCGCGCGUGGCCGUGUGGGUGCUGAAGGCCUGGCACGACGAGUGCCGCCACUUCGAGAAGGCCAACCUGGCGUUCUACACCUCCGUCUGCUUCACCUACUUCAACAGCGUCCUCAACCCGGUGGUGUACUACUUCUCCAGUCCGGCCUUCAGCGGCACCUUCAGGAAGCUGCUGGACAAACUGCUGCAGAGGAGGAGGACGAACGGCGGCGGCGGCGAGGAGCCGUCAGCCGACAACAUUUCAACCGUUGACGGUAGAAGACUGUGA